UCCCAGCAACAUCUACUGCCUCCACCUCUCCUCCAUCUGCGCGUCCGUCCGUCGGUGCAGUGAAGCGGGACAAGAUGCUGGAGAACGGCAGGAAGGUGUUCAAGGAUGGUCUCCUGGAGAAGCGGAGCGACGGGCUGCUGCAGCUCUGGAAGAAGAAGCACUGCGUCCUGACCGAGGACGGCGUGCUGCUGCUGCCGCCUAAGCAGCACGACCACCCGCAGCACCACCAGCCGCACCACGGCGGCGGGGACACAGGCAAAGUCAAGGAGCUGCACUUCGCCACCAUGAAGACGGUGGACUGCGUGGAGCGCAAGGGCAAGUACGUCUACUUCACCGUGGUCAUGAUGGAGGGCAAGGAGAUCGACUUCAGGUGCCCGCAGGACGAGGGCUGGAACGCGGAGAUCACCCUGCAGAUGGUCCAGUACAAGAACCGCCAGGCGAUCCUGGCCGUCAAGUCCACCCGGCAGAAGCAGCAGCUGCUCGUCGUGCAGAUGCCCGGACAGAAGACGGUCCGGGGCACGCUGAACGUGGCGUGACCUGCGGCGAGUCCCGGGGACACUGGUGCGCCAUUGUUGGUAAGACGCUUUAGGAGAAGGAGAGGAGGGGACCCCCAGGUCCGGGGAGCAGCUGGGGGUCUCCUUUACAAAUCCAGGAUGCGGUUUUUUCCAUUUGGUUCUUUUCCCUGGAUAUUAAUACCAUCUGGUUCCAUCAUAGGUUUUUACAGUCCUCUCGCACAGAUCCAACCCUGAACGAACAUUCUUCCACAAGGGGAAAUACUGAAACUGUGGAUUUUAUUUUUUGUCGUAAAGAAAAGUUUGUAAGUGGCUGAUGUAGACGUCCUCUCGUACACGGAGAGUAACCCCCACUCAUAGAACUGUGGUGGAGCAGGUCUGAUAUUUCAUACACAAAGUCCAUAUUUAUCCAAAAGAUGAUUUUACGCGCGGCGAUCCAUGGAUUUAAUUACGCACGUCGCCUGAUUAUUUCCAUAAUGUGUUGUUCGAAUUACACUGAGCCAUCGUGGGUGAAUCGAUGAUGUGAUAUGUUUUAAAUCUAAAGUGUUAAAGUGCAGUGUUUUAAAAUAUGUGCUGAUGACUCCAGAUUACGCAUAGAGACGCACAGAUUGCGCGUAAAAAAAUCAAAGGCGGUCAAGGAGAAUACCUUAACUCGCAUUACACACACUCGCGCACACGCACGCGCUGCAACCUGUUCUGAAGUGUGACAGCAGAGCCAAGUGUUUGCAGCUUCACACGCUCCAGCAGCUCAGGGUCACUUUCUCACUCCUGGCUCCGGUUGUAUGUGGUGAAAUGAGCCGCUCUGGCACACGUGGCUCUCCGAGGCACAUGGGGGAUUGUUGUCACAAGGUGGUUUUCAACCCAGAAGAGAUUAAUGGAACAAACAUUCCUGAAACUGAUUCACCAUCCUCUCGUUCUUGAGUCAUGGUAAUAAACAAUAGGUGCAGGCAAGUGUCACAUCCUGUCCGAGCCAAGGCUAGGUUACCUUUACAAAAAACAAACUUCUUGAUCAAAACCUAUUUUAGUAAAGAAAAAGAAGACUGGCCUUUAUUCAUCCAACUAAUGGAUUAAACUAACAUCAAAGUUAAGUGAUAUUUGCCCUCGGGACUAGUUGCGUUGUAGCCAUAGCCUGUAUAGGUUGCAGCACUGAGGUCAGGUAAUUGGCAUUUUAAUUCUUCUCAGGAAGAAAAUCAAUGAAUAUUAAUAUAUUUUCCUCAGCUGGAUUGUAUCCCUGCGUAGAGAAGGGGUGUGUCAUAGGGUUUGACUAACAUCCCUCAUCCAUCCACUAUUCAUCCCACUUAUCCUUUGGGAGUUGCCAGGGGGACUGGAGGCAAUUACAGAAAAUAAAUAGCUGAAUGAAUAAUUCAAACAUUUUAAAGUCUUGUAUUUUUGGCCUCCGACCAAGUCCACGGUGUCCUCGGACUCUCGCCCAAUUGUCUCCAUCCUCCCCUGCGACUCUCCAAAAAUAAGAUUGUUUAGAUUAUGGAUACUGGCGACUGAGCUGCAGAUUGAGGCACAGUAGCAUUUCUACAUCACCACUGUUUUUGUUAAAUCCAUGUUUCAAGACUUUUAAAGAUUUCCUUUGGCUCCCGCGUCAGGUGCCACCAGUCUGUAGUCUGUCUAAUUGAUUGCAUCCGCAGGUUAAUUGGACGGUGAGCCGGAGGAGGAAUAUUGACCCGGGCUGCA